AUGACCAACGAGCGUAAGACGAGAAUCACCAGGACGCGCUCCGGGUGCCUAACAUGUCGUAAGCGGCACACCAAAUGCGAUGAGGGAAAGCCUCACUGUCAGACUUGCAUGCGGCUGAACAUACCGUGCGCCGGGUACCAAACGGGAUUCAAGUUUCAAGAGGAUCCUCAGCUGGUGCGUCUGAAGGCUCGGAGGCAGGCCAAGCAGGGAAAGUCGGUGUUUUCGCGACAGGAUGGGACAUCCGCUUCGCCCGGCUCAUCGUCAUUUACACCAGAAGAAGAGCUCAAGGCAGAGGGCUACGACGAGAAAUGGCUCCGCGCGCACUUUCCUCGCCAGCUUCCACGCAUUUUCCGCGAUAUUUUGCAAGGUGUGGGACAUGACAGCGUCGCAUUCCGUGCAGCGGUGUACGCUCUGGCGCAUGUUCCUGUUGAGUUCAGCAGCGAGGCGCCGAACGAGAAGCAAGUGACGGCAUUGAAAUUCUACCACUUGUCUCUCCAAGACGUCUCGAAAUGUCUCCUGGUAGACGACGCUGACCACAUGGCUCUUUCACUCGCCAUCCUCAGCGUCCUCUCAAUCGUAGAGAUGAAGCUUGGGACAUACCUCGGCGGUCUCACGCAUGCAAAGCAAGCUGGCGCGCUCAUUGCCGAUGACCUAAGCAGUCUUUCUUCUUCAGUAGUGGGCACACAGCUGGUUGCCGCGUGGUUGCCCAUCAAAGCUUGGUACUCUGUUCAAUGUGUGCCGUGGGAAAACCUUGCUCACGUCCUGCCAUCCGAUGCUCUUAGCCAAGCUUGGGAUCUGCUUCGGUCGUCGGAGGAUAAGAGUCAUGAAUUGGCUGCGCUCCUGGUUGAGAGUCGCCGGCUGUACGCCCUCGUAUCACUACAUCGACUGUUGAAAACGAGUUCCAGCACCGAUGAUAUAUCGAGCUGGCCAGAAUUAUAUCGAGUUGUUGUCAACAAGUGUUCCUCUGGACUGAGCGGCAGCGAAGAAGCUUCAUGCCGCGCAGAAGUAGCCGGCAUUCGCGAUCGGCUAGAUGCCUGGCACGACUCGAUUCCGUUAGAAGACCGGCCCAUCUACGGCACGACAUCCAGGCUUAAGAAGAAGCUCUACUCACAGCCACCCGGUGCACGGAUUGAACCGCUCACCUUCCGAACCUACCGCGCAGCAAUGAACUACGCCCGUUACGCCGCUGCCCAAGCCCUGUCCUCCGACGAGGCCCUCGACACCAUCACCGCGAUAACAGCCCGCAACAUGUCAGCCACACUAUCCGCCUCGACGUUGGUCGCAACUCCCAGCCCGACUCAGACAACAGCAGCCGCAUGCAUCAGUAUCGCCCCAGACUCAAAUGGCCAUGUUCCUUACGGUGCCUGCCACGGAAUCUGGCCCUAUGUCCCCAGCUUUGAAGGAAACCUCGCUCUCGCCAUUCUGUUUGGUCUGUCAACACUGGCUCACCUCGUCCAGGCAUUCAUGUACAAGCAAUGUUACUGCUGGGUUAUCAUCAUGGCUGGCGUCUGGGAGACUUCCGCCUUCGUCCUCAAAACACUGGGAGCGAAGAAUGGCCGUGUGUUGCCAUUCUACAUCAUCUCUUCGCUCACAUUUAUGCUCGCUCCCUUAUGGAUCAACGCAUAUGGCUAUAUGGUCGGCGGUCGAAUCGUUCACUUUUCUGUUCCCGACCGACGAGUCUUCCGCAUAAAAGCGUCUUAUAUGACAAAGCUCUUUGUCGGUGCUGAUCUGGUUUGUUUUGGCGUUCAGGGAGCUGGCGGCUCGAUGCUAUCGGGACAGGGGAGCGCUUCAACGAUGCAGAAAGGAAAGGUUCUCUACACUGCAGGUUGCAUAGUUCAACUCAUCUUCAUCGCGGUCUUCACUGCAGUGGUAGUGCAACUGCAGCUCAAGGUCCGGAAGAACCCGCCUUCGGCCUGGAAUGCCAAUUCGUUGCAGCUGAUCUGGGCUAUCUUCAUCGUCUUGAUUCUCAUCUUCGUUCGACUUAUUUUUCGGCUGGUUGAAUUCGGUCCCGGCGGAAUGAAUGAGACGAUAAUGACUGCAGAGUUGUACGCGAUUUGCCUUGACGCUGUGCCCAUGGCUGUCGCACUGGUUAUUCUGAAUGUUUUCCACCCUGGUCGAAUGUUGGCUCAAACAGCUUUCGACAGAGUCAUCAUGGAAGAAUCCGAGAUGGGCAACGUACCAAGACGCCAGGGACGUUACGAGGAGCUGGGACAGGCUGAUCGUAAUAGUUCAGUCUCGCCAUUGCCUAAAGGACGUUUCCCAUGA